AUGACCACCUUCAGCUACCCUUUGGUGGCUGGCGGGGCUGCUUCCAUCGUCUGGUGUUGGCUGAUCGGUGGCGCCGGUGCCAUGGCGUUGGCCGUCUCCAUAGCUGAGAUUUCCUCCGCAUAUCCUACCUCUGGGUGGCUCAACCUCGUAGGGACCGUCGCGGGCACUGCCUCCGCUGAGUAUGGCGCUUCCCAGAUGCUCCUAUCCGCUGUCUCUAUUGCUUCUGGUUUUACCUACCAGCCGACACAGGCUCACAUCACGGGCGUCAUGGCCAUGUUAUGUGUGUUUCAUGGCCUCAUCAACACAUGCCCGACACAUUGGCUGAGCAAAAUCACCAGUACUUAUGGCAUUGUCCAUAUUUCAAUCUUGCUUGCGGUAUCCUUGGCGCUUCUUGUUGUGGACAACAACAAGCAUACGCCAGAAUACGUCUUCACCAACCUCGAGACACAGUCUGGGUGGAAACCUCCUGAAUUCAGCUUUUUCUUUGGUUGUCUCAGCGUAGCCUGGAUCAUCGCCAACGCCGAUGGUGUCGGCCAUAUUGCGGAGGAGACGAAGAACCCCUCCCGCGUCAUCCCAACGGCCAUCACAUCUGCCGCCGCCUUCACCUACAUUGUGGGCUUCCUUUACAACAUUGUUCUCGUCUUCACUAUGGGAGACCCUGUUGCUCUGGCGGCUACUCCGACCGGCAUGCCCGUGGCCCAGAUCUUCUACAACGUAUUCGGCCGAGCUCCUGCAGUCCUCUUCACACUGCUUGCCUUUCUCGUCAUGAACUUUGUCUGCAUUCCUUCCAUCCACGCUGGUUCUCGCACAAUCUGGGCCUUUUCACGCGACCAAAUGCUUCCCCUCUCGCGGGUCUGGUAUCGCAUGUCGAAACGCACCGACACACCCGUCCCAGCCGUCUGGCUCUACGUCGCCCUCUGUGCAUCCAUCAACCUCAUCGGUCUCGGCUCGCCCGUGCUGAUUGCAGCCAUCUUUAACGUCUGCGCCGUUGCGCUGAACUGGUCAUACUGCAUUCCGAUCAUUUGCAAACUGCUCUUUCCCGCCCGAUGCGAGCGCGGUGCCUGGCACCUUGGUCGUUUCAGCAGGCUCGUCAACCUGUACGCCGUUAUCUGGAACGCGUUCCUGUCGGCCAUCUUUAUGCUGCCUACGCGGCGACCUGUGACGGCGUCCAACAUGAACUACGCGAGUUGUGUGUUGGCGUUCGCCCUGAUCUUCUCGGUGGCCUAUUGGUAUCUUGGGGGGCGGCGCUACUACACCGGCCCUCGCACGCAUGCGCACAUUGAAAACGGGGCCGCCGUCAGUGACGAGCUGCUGCCGGCGCACGAUCCAGAGAAGGGCCCCGAGGGGGUGGCGCCAGAUGUCGGGUCAGCCUCGACGCUGGCGGGGUCUGUCGAAGGGAUUGUAGCGUAUCAUGACAGGGCGGGCUCGGACGCAGGGUUUGCUACGGAUGGAGUCGUUACUGCAGAUGCGUCGUCGAAUGGAGAAAUUGGUUCGUCGUAUACUGGUUCUACGGUGUCAGUCGAUCAGGAACCGGUGGACGUGGUGGAUGCAGAGAAGAUCGACUCGGGUGCUGUACGAGUGUCACGGGAGUUUGAAAAGCGCGAAUAGUUUGUUGCCGGCAUUAGGUCGUUCAGCAGCCAUAUCAGUCUAGGUCUUAUGAGGCUGUUGCACGGAGGAGUUUGGUGUUCUUGGCGCAAUGGGCUGGUUUGUAGGCGAGCGCGGCUUGUUGAAAGCAUGAUCUUUCCUGUUGAUUCAACUUCAUGAAAAAUUAAGAUACUUCGAGCGUU